AUGUCACAAGAUUAUUCUUAUUUUGGAUUUUCUUUUAUAAAAAGAAAUGCAGAAAAUGAAACAACAAACACCGUGGCCCUUAAUAAUGCAGCUGAUAUCUCCGUUAUUGUGGUGUACUUCCUGGUUGUCUUGGUAGUUGGAAUAUUGUCUAUGGUCCACACCAACAGAUCCACCGUAGGUGGCUUCUUCCUUGCAGGGAGGAGUAUGGUGUGGUGGCCGAUCGGAGCAUCACUGUUUGCCAGCAAUAUUGGCAGUGUCCACUUUGUAGGAAUUGCCGGUUCUGCUGCAGCUACAGGAAUAGCCAUUGGUGGAUUUGAAUGGAACGCUCUUAUUAUGAUGGUCAUUCUUGGAUGGAUCUUUGUGCCCAUCUACAUUAAAGCCGGGAUAGUGACGAUGCCCGAGUACCUGAAGAAGAGGUUCGGAGGACAGCGCAUUCGCAUUUAUCUCUCUGUUCUCUCCCUCGCCUUGUAUGUCUUCACCAAAAUCUCAGCAGACAUUUUCUCUGGUGCAAUUUUCAUCCAGCAGGCCCUUGGGUUGAAUAUCUACCUCGCUGUUAUUGCGCUUCUAGCAGUUACUGCACUGUACACUGUCACAGGUGGACUGGCAGCAGUGAUCUACACAGAUACCUUGCAGACCAUCAUCAUGCUUAUUGGAUCAUUUAUCCUCAUGGGCUUCGCUUUCCAUGAGGUGGGCAGCUAUGCAAACUUCGAAAAACUCUACAUGCAAGCUGUCCCCUCAAUUACGGGUAACAUCAGUGCAGAGUGCUACGAGCCUCGCGGAGACUCCUUCCAUCUCUUCAGGGAUCCAAUUACAGGAGACCUCCCAUGGCCUGGUCUCGUGUUUGGACUCACCAUUAAAGCUAUCUGGUACUGGUGUGCUGAUCAGGUGAUUGUGCAGCGCUGCCUCUCCGCCAAGAGUCUCUCUCACGUUAAAGGAGGUUGCAUCCUGUGUGGUUACCUGAAGCUGCUGCCCAUGUUCCUCAUGGUUUUCCCCGGGAUGAUUAGCAGGAUCCUGUACCCAGAUGUGGUGGCAUGUGUGGAUCCCAAAGAGUGUGAAAAAUACUGUGGGACCGAUGUGGGCUGCAGCAACAUCGCUUAUCCGAAACUAGUCAUUGAAAUCAUGCCUGAUGGCUUGCGAGGGCUCAUGCUGUCUGUGAUGCUGGCCUCUCUGAUGAGCUCCCUUACUUCUAUCUUCAACAGCACCAGUACUCUGUUCACCAUGGACAUCUACACUAAGAUCCGAAAGUCUGCCAAUGAGAAAGAACUCAUGAUUGCUGGCAGAGUGUUUAUCUUGGUCCUGAUUGGUAUGAGCAUAGCAUGGAUUCCUGUGGUACAAGCAGCCCAGAGUGGUCAGCUCUUUGUCUACACCCAGUCCAUCACCAGCUACCUUGCUCCACCUGUUGCAGCUGUCUUCUUGCUUGGCAUUUUCUGCAAGCGUGUCAAUGAGCCCGGGGCCUUUUAUGGCCUCAUGAUUGGACUGUGUAUCGGCUUAAGCAGGAUGAUUACUGAGUUCGUUUAUGGGACAGGUAGCUGUGUUCAGCCCAGUAACUGUCCCACUAUCAUAUGUGGAGUUCACUACCUUUACUUUGGGAUCAUCCUGUUUGUCAUCUCCUGCACCAUCAUUCUGACAGUGUCUCUCAUGACCAAACCCAUCGAUGACAAACAUUUGUAUCGACUGUGCUGGAGCCUGAGGAGCCGUACAGAGGAGAGGGUCGACCUUGAAGUGGAUGAUUGGGUUGAUAACCAAGAUUCCAACAGUGUGGACUCAGACGAAGAUGAGAAGAAACACGACUUCUGUAAGAAGGCAGUGAUGUGCUUCUGCGGACUGGAAACAAAGAAAGGCCCCAAGCUGACUAAAGAAGAGGAGGAAGAGCUGAAGAAGCAGCUCACAGACACCUCAGAGGUUCCUCUAUGGAGGAAUGUAGUCAAUGCCAACGCCGUCAUCCUCCUGUGUGUGGCUGUGUUCUUUUAUGGUUAUUUCGGCUAG